GCAAAAAUGAUGCUAGCCCAGUGUUUUACCGCUUUCUUUCCUAGGCACCGUGUCGGGGGUUGUGUCUGCCUGAACCUGAAGCACUGAACUCUGAUGAUGUUUUCUCAUGUCUGAAGUUUCAAGUUUGAACCAAAAUGGAGGAGAAUCCAUCGCCAUCAUCAACACUCAACAGCUUCGAACAUGGGCGUGAGUUUGCUGAACGAGGACCUUCUUCACAACAUUCUAACCAGGCUUCCUGCCCUAUCGUUCGCUUCAGCAACUUGCGUUAGCAAAACGUGGAACUCUGUCUCCAAUCGCAUCCUUUCUCGUCCCAAGCUCUCCUCUGCGCUUUCUCUCAACCCUUCACCCAACGAUGCAGUGAAUGAGGUUCUUCACAAGAUUCUGUCCGAGCCCAUCCGACCUCAUUUUGCUAUUGUCAAUCUUGCAGUUGGAUUCGGAGCGUCCAAGAUUCUGUGGCUUGUUACAAAGACAUUGGGUUCCGAUAUUCCAGUUAUUGUCUCCGUGACAAAUGGUAUUAUGGGAAGGGAUGCUCUUACGGGUGAAUUUAAAGAGGUCAAGUGGGAUGCCGAUGCGCUUAUAAGUGCCAUUGUAGAUGAGGGCAUAGUGUUGACUGUUGGCUACUUGCCAGGAUUAAAAGUUGAAGCUAUACCAUUGCAAAGACCAGCCAAGGUUGAGCUGGGCGAACCUGGGAACCAUGCAACUCACACCUGUGUUUUUUAUUUCCUUUGGUUUGAUGUCACAUUGAGUUCGACUUCUUUGGUUUUGAUAGCUGUGGAAGGGGGGAGGUGUGAUGACGAUGCAGUUUCUUGUGCAGUCAGGGGAGAGGGUCACAAGAAGACACCUCAAGAACCAUGGAUUGACAAUUUUGUGAUGGAUAUCAAGGAAUAUUCUGCCUCUGUCUCCAGUUGCCAAUUCCCUGUUGGGAUUAUGCUGUUCGGAGAAGCAACCUCUGACAUGGAACUGCUUCUGAAGAAAUUGGACUAUGCCAUGCCGAUGGACACAUUCAUUGUGGGUAAUGAGCGAGGCUCCGUUGUAUACAGAAGUGGAAAUGAUUAUAGGAGCAUCUGUGAUAAUACAAAGGACAUAGAAGCUGUUGCUCUUGUAUUUGCUCAAGACAAAGACAGGUCUUCUGGAAGUAUUAGAUUUCAUAUUGCAUUCUCAAACGGUGUUUCAACUGUGGGUGCUAGAUACAAGGCAGAUUCAGUUCAAACAAACUUCGAUGUAUGUUCUACAAGGCUAAUGGCUAGGCGGGAAGGGCAGCAGGAACUUCUUGAUGGUCAGAGUAUUCUACUUGAGCUUAAAAAUUCGCUUCCGAAAUUGCAGCAGAUGGAGAAUCACAUCCAGAGACCAGAGUUCCUCAUUCGGGUAAUUAAACAUAGGAAGUUCUCCAUUGGAGCAGAGAAGCCAAUGCCAAGAAAGUCUAUUGCAUAUCAUGGAGUUUUAGGAGUUGAUGAAGAGUAUCUAUAUGUUGAUGGAAUUGGCAUAAAAAAAGGAGAUAUCUUUCAGUUCUACCAUUCAGAUCCUAAUGCAGCGUUAGUGUCAUUAACGGUGGUCCAUGAUGUGCUCAACAAUAUUAAGAUGGGAAAAAAUUCCAGGAGGUUCAUGGGUGAUGGAGACAACAGCAUUAAUGUUUUCGGCGGUUUUAUUUUUGCUUGCUAUGGCCGUGGUGAAUCAUUCUUUGGACGUCAUGAUGUGGAUAGCUCCCCAUUCUUGGAGAAUUUCCCAGGAGUGCCAUUGGGUGGCAUAUUUUGUUGUGGUGAAAUAGUUCGUCCUUGUACCCCUUUGAUUGGCCAGCAUCAAGGAGCAGGCCCCAUUAGUUUCUGUUUGCAUACUUAUGGCACUGUCUAUUUAGUGAUGUCAUAUGCUCCUCCCUCUGUGGAACAAUAGAUGCUGCUCAUGUUUUGUUCUCGUGAUGUACAUUGCUAGUUUAUGGAGGAUGCUCUAUCCUAUGGUGUAUCAGAUAAUACCAUUUUGUUACAUGGAGAUGGAGUUUACUUGUUUUACUAUCACAAAAUCACUAUGAAACUGACUUCCAAGUC